AUGCGCGACAACGGUGCCAACGCCGACUCCGCGGACAGUCCCAGCACUCCUUUGAAGAGCCCCAGACCCUCAUCCAACCCUCUCCAAGAUCGCGUCCUACCCUCAGUCGAGUUCACUUUCUCCUGCAGCCCCUCAUCUGCAGGUAGAUUGACCCCGAUAUCCUCCGUAGAUGACUCGCUCGACCACCAGGUCGAACGACGCUCCCUCACACCCAACACCCAGUCCCUCUUUCAGAACUUGCGCCUGAGCGAAGCCAUGAGACAGCCAAAUAAUAGUUCCCAGACUGAUCCCAGUAGUGGCCCGAGAAAAUCUGGGUUGACCCCUAACUCCCAUCAUACAACCUACAGGGACCUCUACAAUGCCACUCCUAGCCCGGGAGGUGCUUCUUCUACAGAGCCGAGCCAACGGCGGCCACAGACGCCAUCGUCUCCGCUGGGCUCUGUGAGCUCUCACUCGGGGGAUACGGCAGCCGAGGAUUCAGAUCGCGACAACGAUCCUGAGUCUGACGAGGAGUCUCAGCAGAACAAUAACAGUGAUGACGAUGACAAUGACGAAGAUUACCUCUACAAUAUCCGCCAGGAGGAACUUCCCCAGGUGCCGAUCUACGACAUUCGGCUCCAGGAUGCACUACGGAAUGUGAGAGGCGAGCUCGCAGACCUCGCGCAAGUUAUGAGUCGGCGCGAGCUGGCACAAGACCCCACGACCGCCUUUCAUGAACUCUAUAAACAGACGCUCGAGGCGAGCAGGUUCGCCUAUCCCGCGACGCGGACUGUUGGAUUUAUCGGUGACUCGGGAAUGGGAAAAAGUAGUCUUAUCAAUUCCAUCCUCGACCAAGAGGGUCUGGCUCGGUCGAGCGGAGACGGAGCUGCUUGCACCACAGUCGUCACAGAGUUCCGGAGUGUGAACGAGGAGCAUCCGCAGAACUAUACCAUAGAGGCAGAUUUCAUGAAUAAUGCCGAGAUCCGAGAGCUUCUUGAGGAGCUGCUGGCAAACGUCAGGAAAUACUACACGGACGCCUACCGGGAAGUUCGUGAUGCAACAGAACAGGAGGACAUCAAGGUGGCUGCCAGGAGAGCCUGGGACACAUUGCUCUCUCUUUUUCCCAACCAGCCGGCGCUUGAUCUUGACUUCCUCUCUAGGGACGGAGAGGAUGCGGUAGAAUCUAUUGUGACAACAUUGGAAGAGUGGGCAAUGGCUGGGUUGGACCACCGCCCAGGCGGACGCGACAGUCUUCGGUAUUCCGCUGUAGCUCGCCACGCUGAUGAAUGUAUGGAGCAGCUGGAUAACCUUAUGGCUGAUGCAAGGGAGGGGGAUAGGCCGGCGCUAUGGCCUUUUGUCAAGUUGAUCAGGGUUUAUUUGCGAUCGCCGAUUCUGCGCACUGGCUUAGUGCUGGCUGACCUCCCUGGCUUUCGUGAUCUGAACUAUGCCCGAGAACGGGCAACUGAAAGGUAUCUUCGCCACAGUUGCGACGAGGUGUUCAUUGUUAGUACGAUCAUUCGUUGUACGACAGACCAGUCGAUUGGUGAUAUCAUUCGCCGAUGUGCACAAGGCCAACCGAUACGGAUCGUUUGUACUCGUUCAGAGGAUGUGGAUGCUAGAGAGACAGCACGGACAUGCUCUGCGGGUGACGCCAGACGUAUCCUCGACCUUGACAGCCGAAUUCAGACCCUCGCACGAAGAAUCAGGCAGAUGCGGUCUCGUAGACGACAAGGCAGCGGAAGUAGAAGUCAAAAUCUCGCUGCGGAGGAACUCGCCCUUAGCGAUGAGAAAGAGACACUGGAAUUCGAGCUGAAGCGGUUCCUCAUUCUAAGACGGAAUAGGGGCGUAACCGAGUCUUUAUCGCGUGCCUGGAGCAAUCAAGCCCGGGUAUUCUGCGUGAGCAAUAAACUUUACGCAGACCACCGUGCAAACGAUCCCGAGCAAGCCAACGGAUACCUCGAGCUCAGUGGUAUCACGGAGCUUCGUCGCUAUUGCCAGUCUGUUCCCGCAGAUGCACAGCUUCGUGCAACGGAAUCUUUUCUGCAAAAUCAAGUGCCCGCACUUCUAGGUUCCCUAACUCAAUGGGCGUUGGCGGGUUCCGAUGCCGUCACUGCAGGCCGGGCUGAAGUUUUGCGCGAUGCCUUGAACGAAGCCGAACAGACUCUUCAACGGAGCAUUGCCUCUCCUCGGUCAGGAGUCCGGCUUGCGCAGAGCAGUCUAGAGCGACAAUUUAGUGAUUUGAUUAUACAAACCAUACGCAACUCCCGGAACAGUUGGAGAAAUCAUGCAGUCGAUGCGAGCAGGGAAUGGGCAACCUGGCAUCAUUCCACCUACGCCGCUUGGUGUCGCAACUACGGGACACACCAAACGGCGAAGCAAUCAUAUCGCUGCUGGAAUGAAGAAAUCCUCGGUCCGGGAAGUGAUCAACUAUCCAUCAGAUGGGAUACCAUGCUUGGUUGGCUUGAAGAGAAAAGAGAUGAACUUGACGAAGAAGUGUCUGAUAUAUUUCAGCACAUCUGCGAUUCGAUUGAAGAACACCACGACAUAGCACCGGACAGCCUGGGUAAUUUGCUCUUGAACAUGGAAACGCGGCAAAGAUGUAUAGUAGACGCCAUCCAUAGCUCCUUGGAUGACCUGCUUUACGCAACUGAAAAAAUCAAGGCCGACGCAAUAGGCGGACACGCUAGCUCCUAUAUUGCGGGCGUCAUGCGUCCGGUGUAUAACACCUGUAGGGAGCAAUAUGGAACGGGCAGCGACUCCAGACGCAAGCAAACCAUGAACCGACAUCUCUCAUCCUCACCUUUAUUUUUAGACCUGGCCAACAGCCUGACUGGUGACUAUCGUGAACUUAUUGAGAGGACUUUUAAUCAGCUCAAUCGAAAGCUUCGCGAAGAACUCUCGAAUAUUUCAAGGGAUGUGCGGGCUUCGGUCACGGUAGAGGGCGAGACAUCUGAGGCCGGGCAAGAUCCCCGACAUGCAGAAGAAUUAAAGCGGAGGGUGGGAGUAAUCCAGGAUGCGUUGGUUCAUGCCCAAAGGAUUGUGAGAGAGGUUCGGCAGUGA